UUGGGUGCAGUGAAAAUUGUUAGUCUCUUUGCAGCUGGCGAAAUUUGGCUAUUUAGGUUUUGUUUUUCAGCAGUUUAAUUUAAAUAAAAAUGAUAAUGAUUUAAUAGUCCUAGCUGAUCUUCAGAAUGGGGACUUUUUUAGGAAGCAGCAAGGAUGUAAAAGGAUAUCCGAAUGGAAUAUAACCAGUUAUAAAGUCAUAAAAUGCAUAAGAAGAUGAUUACUUUCUCUGAAGACUUUUGAAAGAUGAACAGCUGAUUUCAAAACCAUUCAGUUCUUGGCACAGUGAUGUCCUCAUUUGGUAAUAUAAUUGAAAGAUGGAACGUAAAGAAUGCAGUUGGCAUUUCAGAACUAAUUCAUCCGAUGACCUCUGAAGAUUAUAACAUUUCACCUGUAAAAUCUGUUUCUACCAUAGUGGACUCAGCAUACAGCUCAUUCUCGGGUAGUUCAUAUUUUCCAGAUUAUCAAACAGCCUCCUUCCAAAAUGAUAGAUUUCAACUGAAUGAUGAGCAAGUGUCUUACAUGGACUCAGAGUAUGUGAAAGCUAUUUAUAACCCCAGUGCAACUGAUUAUAAUCUAUACUUGGAAGAUGGGUUAUCUAAUAUUGAGCAACAUGCAGAAAAUAACAGUUUAGAAAAUAACAGAGUACCACAAAUGUUGUCUUCUGAGCCUCCGAUCCCACCCACAAGACAUAGUAGCUAUAUUACGCACAAAAUCUUUGACAAGUCAAAGGGGGACCACUUUUGUUAUGGGAAUCAAUUUAGCCAGCAAGUUAAAAGGGGUCCUUCAGGUGAGUUCAUGUCAAUAUCAGAUCACAAACCUGUUAACCACCAUGGCCAUUGGCACACAGAGGAACAAGAGAGGACACUGGGGAAAGUAAACAAAGAGUAUAAUCUAUCACAUGACAUGGAAAGAAAAGACAAUAAUUAUUACCCAAGGCAUUCAUUUUUUCUACAGUCAGAAAGCUAUUGUAAGGCACAAGAUGAUUUAAAAAGAAAAAAGUGUCUCUCUGAGUAUGAAAUCCAAGAACAAAAAAAUUCCAAAACCUCUACCACCUUGUAUGAUGAGUUCAGUUGCACCUAUGAAAAUAAACACUAUUCUCAUAUGAACAAAAUCAACAAAGAGAUGCUUAAAGAAAUGCAUCUCCAAAAUAGAAACAAUGAGGAUGUCCAAAUGAUUUCUUACCCCACGGAUCACUUCAUUGGCCACACAGAAACUUGUUUAAAGCAAGGAGAAAUAAUUACAGGUGUACAAAACACAAAAUCUUCACUUAGUGAGUUUAUUCCAGAAAGUUCAAGUGUUUCUGAGAAUAAAUCUGAAUGCUGCAUUUCAAAGCCAGUAAAUGAAACACAUCGUUAUAGUUUUGAAGGAACCGUCAGCAUGGAAUCAGGGGAUCUGGAAAUCCAUAAGUCUCACAAAACACAAAAGUUUCCCUUGUCCCAGAGUAUUAAAGACAGAGAUUCUGGUAUGAAACCUAAACCACACCAUAUACGAUCUAGCCAAGUAUUUUAUUGUGGGCCUAAUGAAGAUUUGUUUACACAAACCUCCAGAACUUUGAACCAAGAAAAUGAAGUUCAUGAAGGCACUAAAACUCUUAACCUUAGAAAAGAUGCUGCAAGAAAAUCUCUUCCUCUGUUAUCCAGACAGCAAGAGCAGGUAAAGACUAAAAGACAAUCCUUAUACGAUUUGACUUGUGAGAAAAUUACCAAAGCGUCUACACCCAUGCUUUAUCAUCUUGCUGGGGGAAGACAACUUUUAAAAAGCACAAUUCCUGUUAAGCCACAGUUUGAGACAAAUUCUGAAAACAAGGAAUUCCAACUAGUGUCAAACUCUUCUAUACCACACCACACAGAGGUCCAAAUCAACAGCAAACACCUUAACAAACAAAAAAGCCAAUCACAGCUUGAUGAUCACUUUAGCAUUCACUGUAGAGAUGAUGUAAGCUCAGAGAAUAUAAGUCCUUCAGCAGAAGAAUGUUUGAUGCAUGAUUAUAGAGAGAAGCUUAAGGUUGCUCAGAAGAAAGUUUUAAGAGAAACCUCUUUUAAACGAAAGGAUUUACAAAUGAGUUUGCCUUGCAGACUAAAACUCAAUCCUCCAAAAAGACCUUCAAUAGAUCACUUUCGAUCCUUUUCUUUGUCAAGUGCAAAUGAAGAUUCAAAAUCUAUCCAUGCUGGAAGCUCAGUUGAUAGUAGUUACAAAAAAGAUGAACCUGAAAAGCCGAUUGUUUCUCGAAUUGGGGGAAGAAAAAGAAUCACAAAAGAGCAAAGGAAACUAUGCUAUUCAGAACCAGAGAAACUGGAUCAUGUCGGUGUUCAUAAUUCUGUUUUUGAAUGGGAAGAGAAAGGUAAAGAUUUAAGUCAAAAUGAGAUAAAAGACUCUGCUGAGAUUUCAAAACAGAAAAAGUCUUUAGAUCAUAAAGAACGAGCACUUUCUUCUUCAAAUAUUUCCAAAACGGAACUGAAACAAAUUCAACAUAAUGCACUUAUUCAGUAUAUGGAGCGAAAGACAAAUCAAAGGCCCAAUAGUAGUCAGCUUAUGCCAAUGCAGACCUCAAAUGAAGCAGAACUGAGCGAAGUUCCUCAAGAAUACUUAUCUAGGAGAUCAACUGGAGCCUCAUCUUCUUAUGAUGCAACAGUGACCUGGCAAACCAGAUUUGUAAAAGCUCCAUUUCUUGGAGACUCUGUACCAAUACUGGAUCCAUCUGUCGUAACAAAAUAUACGAGUCACCUUGAUCAAUGCACUUUGGAGGACAACCAUAAAUACUCUCAAAAGUCUCAUCUAUCUAUGAACCAAAGAAAAUCAAGUCAACAUAGUCAGGUCUAUACUGGAACCGUCAUUUUUUCAGAGCUUGCACCGUGCAGUAAUCAUGGUAACAGAUUGGUUGUAACAGAAAACAGUAUCACCACAGACCUGGAGAAUAAUUGUGCAGUGAGAAGCAGAGGGAAGUCAAUGGAGGAAAUAGGAACCACAGACAAAGUAAGACUUUCUGUGUUGAGCCAAAGCUCUGAUCAGCUUUACCACAAAAAAGAGUCUGUGACGCUGCCAAGGGUAGAAAUUGUAAACAACACAGCUGUGAUUUAUCAAGACAAAGUUCAGGCCAGCAGUGCAGAUGACCCCGGAAAGCUGCCCAGACAAACAAGUGAACAGGAUUUGUUGGGGCCUCAUGGAUCAGAUGUUGCAAACUUGGCACAAGAAAUACAUUCCGGGCCUUUAAGUGCUACUAACAGUUUCUCAAAUACAGAUAAUUCCAGCUAUGAACCUUCAAAGUUUCACACUGGGGCUCCUAAGCAAUCACAGUUUUUGCAAGCAGAAGAUGAGAUCUUCGUUCACAAGAUUAUCACUGGACUGGAAAUGCAUAGUACGUCUUCCCUUACUACUCAGGAAGAUACCAUUAAUGCACUACCACAGGGGGAAGAGACCACCUCAUCCAUCACUAACUUGCUAUGCCUCAAUCAGUCUGGGAAGACAGAGAAUCAUUCUACGCUGAGCACAGAAGCAUAUGAAAAUGAUGAUCUAAGGAACGUAGAAAUCUACACAAAUACCCUUUCUGAAAGUUCACAAGUCAGUAAGUUGUCUGUGUCUAGAACAGACAAUACAGACCUUGAUGCUGAAAGAGAAGAAAUCAGAUCAGCUGAUACUAAUUCAUGCAACUCACAGCAGGAGGAAUUAUGCUGUACCCAGCCUAGCCAGGAUAACCCAGUAAACUGCUUACAAGCAUUGCACUUGCCUUUUGGCCAGUUUGAUGAAAAGGACAAAGUAACAGUGUUGGAAUCCGAGGCCAACCGGCAGAUGAGCAGUGAUCCAGAGAGGGAGGAGGAUUUGCCUACUGGAAAGUUGAAAUCUCCUGAGGAUGAGAGACAUGAAGAGUUAGUUAAAGAGAUCGUUGCUAAAGACAAAUCUCUGGCUGACAUACUUAACCCUCUUCCUGUAAGAGAAUCUGCAAUGGAUCUCAUGAAAAGUCUUUUCCCAGUAGAUAUGUCUGCAAUAAAAGAGGCCAGAAAUCGACGACUUCCUAGAAAAGACGAUCAAAUAAAUCCAUUAAACAAGGAGAUUCUAGAAAGCACACCAAAAUUACCUUCUAAAACUUUAUUGCUGCUUCAGAAAAAUUAUGUCAAGAAGUCUGACUGCGAAGGUGCUUAUGACAUUACCACCAAGAAAAUGGAGCUGGUUUCAGAUAUCAGCUCAAAGCUAGAAAAUCUCUGUGGACAAAGAGAGCUGCUUCAGUGGGAUAUCACUGAAAAUGUUACUUAUGGCCAAGAUAUGGAGGUGGUGGUAAAAGAAGUCUGCAAGCCCAAUGAGUAUGAGCGCUAUAUGAUGUUUAUUGGAGAUCUAGAGAAAGUGGUGAGCCUGCUCUUUUCACUGUCGAUGAGACUGGCUCGUGUUGAAAAUGCUUUAAGCAAGGUCGACGACAAUACAGAUGCUGAAGAAGCACAAUCCCUUAAGGAACGUCACAGCAUCUUGUCUCGGCAGAGAGAAGAUGCCAAAGAUUUGAAGGAGAACUUGGAUCGCCGAGAACGAGUGGUCACAGGUAUCCUCGCCAAAUAUCUGAGUGAGCAUCAACUUAAGGACUAUAAACACUUUGUAAAUCUGAAGACGUCUUUCCUCAUUGAACAAAAAGACCUUGAUGAGAAAAUAAAAUUUCACGAGGAGCAGUUAGAGAGUCUUCACAACAGCAUUUCUUCUUAAUAAACAAAAUACAGCAAACUUUAUGUCACUUUCUGCCAUGACUAAAGGUCCCUCAGGGCUCUGUAUGAAUUCUAUCUAUUGGUGUUGAUUAUGCUGCUGCUAAGACAUGAUUAAUUCUAAAUGUAGGUUGGACAUGUGUGACAGUGUUAAUCAGACAAAAAAAAAACAUAAAACUGACUGACACAAAAAAAAGGAGGAGAAAUGUGGAUACAAUCGUGUGCCUUUUUGGAUGUUACCAUUGUUUUGUCUGUAUCAGUGUUGUUACAAGAAAGAGUUUGUAGCCAUUGUUUGGUUCUUGUUUGGACAACAUAAUUUCAAUAAAAAAUAUAUUCUUUACGUGUAAAAGUUCUGAACUAUUGUGUAUUAGUGUGGACAUUGUUAAAUUGACCUCAUCUGUUUUUUAGACUUUUUAAAAAGUGUUUAUGUAUGGUAUGUUUGAAUAUUUAUUAUUUUAACUACAUAUUAUGUGAAAUAUAAUUAGAUGUAAUUGCUCAAUUUAGACAGAGGCCUCAUCGCUUCAGUAAUUUUUUUUGAUCAGCAAUAAAUUUAAAGUAAAAAAACAAUGCUGCCACUAGCAAGUCACACAACAAACAGGCACCAAUAUGGCCACCAGCAACAUAAUAAAUUCCAUUGUGGUAAUGACAAAUUUUGGCCCACUAAUACCUUGUAUGUUACCUUUUGCUUAAUGUACAUAUGAUUUUUAUGUAAAGAAUACCUACUUAGGUCCUAUAUACCUGACACACUUCACUCACAGAGUAGAGUUGCUCUUGAACCUAUUAAAAAAAACAGCGGUAAUGAGCAAACACUUUUCAAAUUAAAGGGACAUUAAACUCAACGCAUUGCUAUCAUGUAUUUAAAAAAAAUAAUUUAAAAUUUGUAUUUAUUUUUUUGAAGUUAACCCUGUUUAUAUAGAAACUAACUAAAAGUGUAUAUUUGUACACAACAAGCUUUAAUACUAAAUAUUCCCUCUUUGCAGGUGCAAAAAAAAAAAAACCUCAUCACUUUAGUUUGCAAAGUAUGCACUUAAAAGUGAAAGUUAUCCAACAAUUCCAAGCUCUCAUUAUAAGGUCAAAGUUUAAAUAUCUUAGGAUAAAACUGAGAUCCAUUGUAGGUACACACACAUAUAUAUUUGAAAUCCAUUUUAUUCAAACGGAGGAAUUUUUUUUUUUUUUUAUAAAUAAACCAUAACAUGCAUUGAAUAUUUUAAGAAUAAGAAGUUUUUAGAGAGGUGGGGCAUAUAACAAGGCAUUUAAGUUAUUAUAUGUGUUGGGCCAUAUCUUAUGUUGUCAACUGUAUUUUAAUUUUUAAUACUGUAAAUAAAUAAAUUAUUAGUAUCCCAGAA